UGGCGGCAGAGGCAGCCUGGAGGAGCAGAGCCCUGUGUCCCCCAGGAGCCCAAAGUGGGGAGCCCAGAGAGGGGGGAGCGCCGCCGUUGGCGGGACCCUCAAGAAGCUGAAGAGGGGCAGGGGGGACUCCUUGGAGCCCCUGCAGCCCCGAGCAGAGAAUGAGGGGAGAAGGGACCCCGGGUGCCCAAACAGCCCCGGCAUCCCGGAAUGGGGAGAGCAAAGAGGGGGGAGCUUUUGGGAUUGCUGGGGCUGCCAGCAGCCUGGGCAGGGUGGGCACCGAGGAGAAGGGGGACCCCCAAUCCAAGCGUGACCCCCAGCAGCUGGGACAGGGGGAACCCCGAACACCAAAGGGGAGGGACCAGGGACGGGGAACUCCUGGGAGGCUUUUCCAGGGCUGAAUCUUGGUGUUUGGGAGCUUUUUCUGGAGCCCAGGUGGCCAGUGGCUUGUAGAACUGAAUUUGGGCAGAGGGACCUUCAAAGUCAACAUGCUCAUCCCUUGUUUUCCUCAAACCAGGAUUUCCCAUUCCCAACCCCUGGGAGGCUGUGAGGAAGAGUAAGAUGUCUCGGGACACUGAGGCAGAGCAGGAGCUGAGCAUGGAGAGCAGGGAGGACAAAUCCCCGGGGCAGAACCUGGUGGCAGAGGCCGUUUUGAGCGGCUCCACGGCGCAGGAACCCAACGGGGAGGAAAAGCCCCGGAGAUGCCGCACGAGGAGGGGCUGCAAACGCAGAUCACAGGGAUCUGAGGGGGAAAGAGCCAGCCUGGGCCGGGAAGGCGGCCGGAGAUGGAGCCAGAGCUCAGAGCUGGUGCUCCAUGAGCAGCUCCAUGGUGGGGAGAAGCCCCACACGUGUGGGGAGUGUGGGAUGAGCUUCAGGUGGAAAUCCAGCCUAAACAGGCACCAGAGGACCCACACUGGGGAGCGGCCCUAUGAAUGUGGGGAGUGUGGGAAGAGCUUCAGCCAGAGCUCCACCCUGAUCUGCCACCAGAGGAUCCAUACUGGGGAGAGGCCCUAUGAGUGUGGGGAAUGUGGGAAGAGCUUCCGGCAGCAUUCCAAACUGAUCCUCCACCAAAGGACCCACACUGGGGAGAGGCCCUACGAGUGUGAUAAAUGCAGGAAGAAGUUUCAGACCAGCUCCCAUCUCCUCCAGCACUAUCAGAUUCACAGAGAGGAGAGGCCCUUCCGCUGCCCUGACUGCGGGAAGGGAUUCAGGGACAACUCCACCCUCAUCAACCACCAGCGAAUCCACACUGGAGAGAGGCCCUACGAGUGUCCCCCGUGUGGGAAGAGCUUCUCCAGCAGCUCUGCGUUGACCAAACACCAACGGAGGCACCACUAAGGGAAGCCCUGCGAGUGCCCCGAGUGCGGGAAGAGCUUAGUGCGCUGCUCCAGCUCCAUCCCCCACUGGAGGAGCGACUUUGAGCAGAGCCCUGUGUUGUGGUGUGUGUUCAGUUCCCAAUUGAGUUAUCUCCGCUGUUUUGUAUUGUUCUCUCCUUUUGUGAUGCUUCCCCCAGUUACAACCCUAUACCCAGUUCGAUGGUUCAGUCCUGGUUCCCCCUUUCCCUCGAAUGGUGUCCUCCCUGUCUGGGCUCGCUGCCAAGCCCUUGUCUCCACCCCCGUUCCCCUGGCAACUGCCCCUUUCCCCUCCUCCAGAGCCCUGUUCAUCUCCUGAAACCCCCCCAUCCUUCCAGAAACUUCUCCCUUCUACAGGGGGUGAUUGGGCAGGUGCCCCGAACCCCUCCUUUGUUCGUGUAUCACUUGUUGCCACUGGAGUCAGUCAUGUUGAAUUCCCCUCCUCAGUUUCUCCCGAUUGGUUCUUGUACACCCCUUUAUAUACUGCUUCCCCCCUUUUGUCCUUGUCUUUUCCCGCCUGGACGCCGUGGAGUCAAUGAUACAUUAAAACCACUGGACUACACCGGGCGUGUUAAGACCCUCUUUUCUCUCUGGCUUCUCCGCCUUGCCGUUCCUUUCGGUACUGUUGCUGCUUCCUGCCGAAAGCGCUGCCCAGACAUCCCUGACGGAUCCGGGUAGUGCCCCUAGCUGCUAGCUGCUGCUGUGCUCUGAGCUAGCCGCGGCCACCUCCCCCCCCUGCUCGGAGGGGGGUGAAGUGCUUUCGACGCAGCAGCGCGGCAGCCCUGGUCACCCACAUUCCCUGUGAUCCAUGCUGGGAACACACCUGGCUGCUUCUCCUGUUUGUUUGGCCUUAAUGUUCUUCUGAUUCAUGUUCAUCCCUUAAAAACUCCCAAAACAGGCUAAAUGAAGGCAAUUGAUC